AUGCCCUGGACUACAGAGAAGGUUAAGAUGAGAGAAGAUUAUGAGAAAGAAGAAAUUGGUGAAUUUGGAACAGGGGAAUUGAAUGAAGAAUUCAUACAAGAAGAAUUGAAUGAGGAGGAUUAUCAAGAAAUGAUUCUGAUGAAGUGUAGAAAGUUAAAUUUGUUGAUUAAGAAUGGAAUUAGUACUUUCUCACAAAAUGUGAUAUUAAAUCAUUUGGAAAGUAGUUUCGUAGAAAUUUUAAAUGAUGAGGUUGGAGAUGAUGAAGAUAAUGAAGAUGAUAAAGGAGAAGAGAUCAAAAAGAGGAGGUCUUCAAGAAUCAGUAAUAUGGUGAAGGAAAUUCCACAAAAUGUUGAAUCUGUUGCCAAAGUUGCCAAAAGAUCUUCUUCUUUAAAGAAGUACAUAAAAGACAAAAAUGUCCCUCGUUGUGAAAAAGAAACUGCAGCAAGAGGAAAAGAUGUUGAAAUGCAGGAAACAAAUGAUAAGAAAGUAGAGGAUCCUGUGAAAGACAAAAAUGCCCCUGUGAAAGUCAAAAAACGACAAUAUUUAAAAGGGUGUGUGGAAGGAAAUAAUGCUGAUAAAGAAGAAUAUUUUUUUUUAAUAAGCAUCUAA